AUGGGUGUGGACGAUGAAAUGGUGAGCAAAUUACAGAUUUUGCAAAAGGUCAAAGAGGAGAAACAACGCAUAUCAUGUGGAUCACCUGCUCAUUCUCAUGUAAAUAUAGACAGCCAGUGUUCAGCUGAUAAAUUUCCAGUCAUGGAUGGGAAGGUUCAAUCUGAAACUCCCUGCCAGGAAAUUCCUUCUAUAGCAUCAAGUUUAAAUUAUACUCAUAGUAAUCAAUCUGGGAGUAUUGAUCAGUGUUCCAGACCUUCAGAAGGAGUAAUAGAGAGUGGAUCAUCUGCUUCUGCUGUCUAUUCCAAUUUAAAGCUUGAUCUUUCAAUGUCAGAUGGAGAAAUAUGCUUGGACAAGCUAUCAAUCAGAGAACUGCAUGAACUAUUUAAGGUAACAUUUGGUCGGGAAACCACUGUUAAAGACAAACAGUGGCUGAAAAGGAGGAUUGCCAUGAGUUUAACUAAUUCGUGUGAUGUUUCAGCUACAACUUUCAUUAUUAAAAAUAACAAAAUAGUUAGAAAAUUUGAAGAAGAAAGUUCUGGAAAUAUGAAUGCUGGAUCUUUAAUCUCUUCGGGAAAUAUGACUGAAGAAGAAGAUGUCAACUUUAAGGAUUCAUCUGCUGUAAAUGCUUGUGGAAUUGAAGAUAACCAAGUUGUUUCUGAAACAAGACCAAAAAUUGGAUUGGAAGAUGAGAAUUAUCAAACAGGACAAAGAGCUGCAAAGACAAAUUGCAUGAACAUAGUGGGGGGCAUAGAAGCUUAUUUAGAGGGAGGCUUUUUAUGUUCAAGUUACAUGGAUUUUCAGCCUUUGAAGUUGAUGUUUCAAGAGUUCAAAGACAAAUUGAUUGAAUUGGUUAAUUUAUUGUUCAUGCGAAUAGUUCAAGUUGCAAUUACAAUUUACAAGACAUCUCUCUAG